AUGUCGCAAUGCUCUCAGAUUGGUUCUUACUUCUUUGGUAGUGAGAAUUGGUGCUUUCAAAUCCAGCCGCUUUACAAAGCCGGUAUAUUAACCAGUCUAAGCAAUGGUGAAGUGCACUUAAUGGAUUGGAAAUCCAACAAAUCUAUCAAUAAGUUCAAAAGCGACGAGACUGCAAUAAACGCGUUACAAAUUGUCAACACCGAUUGGCACAACGAAACAAGGUUCAUAACAGCUUCAAUGCAUGCUGUGAAAUUGUUUGAUGUUAGGUCUAAUGCAUGCAUUGGAACAAUACACAAUGAGGUGGGUGCUCCUUUUUUAUCGUUAGAUUCUCGUUACGACAAAAUAGCAUGCGGUACUGAGCUAAAGGGGGUUGAUGCGCAAUUGCAUAUUUUUGAUUUGAGGAAGUUAGAUAACCCGUGGAAAUCGCUAGUUGACUCGCACCAUGAUGAUAUUACCUCAAUAAAAUUCCAUCCCUCCGAUUGCAAUGUUUUGUUGAGUGGUUCAACCGACGGCUACACAAAUAUAUACGAUCUUUCUCAAGAGGAGGAGGACGAUUCGUUACAUCAAGUGAUCAACUUUACAUCCAUCCAUUCUUGCGGUUGGGUGAACCCGAAAAGGAUAUACACGCUAUCUCACAUGGAAACCUUUGCUAUACAUGAACUGAACAACAAGUCUGACGAGCUGACAGAGCCACAGCCUUUGGAUUUCGGUGAUAUUAGAGCCGCUUGGGGAUGCGACUACGUUGUCGAUAUAUACCCUGGAUAUGUCGCUACCGGCAAAUCGCACGAGGAGGGGAAGGGAGAGUUGAAGUUGAUCCCACUAAAGGGAGAGAAUGUGGUCAUUGACAACACAAUCAGUAUCCCAUCUGCACAUGGCGAUGAGGUCAUCAGAGACGUUUUCAUCCCGGAACAAAAUUCUGAGGUCGUAUAUUCGUGCGGAGAAGAUGGUUAUCUGAAUAUAUGGAGAAACAAUAGUGGUCCAUUGAACGUCCCUGAAAAAUUCUGGAAUUAUGAUAUCCCAAUGAAUGUGUUAGAUGAGAGCCUCGAUUCAUUUGCAGGCCAACCUCCAAUAAGUUUACAAAGUGAGCCUUCUGCCAUGGAUACCGCUCUUAAAUCUGAAACGAAGAAACAUAAAAAGAAAAAGGAAAAGAGAUCAAAAGAGCAAAAACAUCCAAAGAGUCAACGGUACAAACCAUAUUAA